AAGCGGGACUUUGGGACCCCAUUGGAAGAAAGGCAACCAGAAAAGGCGAAACUAGACAACCUCGAUAGUGAUUGGAGCUGAUGGAACGAGGGCGGAGCUAACAUCCCAGAAUACAGGCCAAUCAGAGUUUAAGAUUAUCAGGGAGACCGGGAAGGGGAAAGGGGCAAAAUGGUUCUUUGGUCACAUGCCGCGGGGUCUGGUGGGAGGAGCGGUUGCCCAGCGGCCUCUUGGCGCUUCCUGUUUCCGGUUCCCGGAGCGGGGCACAUCCAGGCGCUAGGGGGAACGCUGGCCUCUGAAACUAGCUCUGGGACCGGGGUCUGCGGCCGGCCCCUAGCUGGCCCCGUCUCCCAUCCCCAGACGGGUAUUCACGGGGGAUUCUGAGCUUUGGCUGCUCCAGUUCCCCGCGACACGAUGUUCCCUUUCUACAGCUGCUGGAGAACUGGACUGCUACUGCUGUUACUCCUGGCUGUGGCAGUGAGAGAAUCCUGGCAGGCAGAAGAAAAAACUUGCGACUUGGUAGGAGAAAAGGGUAAAGAGUCAGAGAAAGAAUUGGCUCUAGUGAAGAGGCUGAAACCACUGUUCAAUAAAAGCUUUGAGAGCACCGUGGGCCAGGGUUCAGACACAUACAUCUACAUCUUCAGGGUGUGCCGGGAAGCUGGCAACCACACUUCUGGGGCAGGCCUGGUGCAAAUCAACAAAAGUAACGGGAAGGAGACAGUGGUAGGGAGACUCAACGAGACUCACAUCUUCAACGGAAGUAACUGGAUCAUGCUGAUCUAUAAAGGGGGUGAUGAAUAUGACAACCACUGUGGCAAGGAGCAGCGUCGUGCAGUGGUGAUGAUCUCCUGCAAUCGACACACCCUAGCGGACAAUUUUAACCCUGUGUCUGAGGAGCGGGGCAAAGUCCAAGAUUGUUUCUACCUCUUUGAGAUGGAUAGCAGCCUGGCCUGUUCCCCAGAGAUCUCCCACCUCAGUGUGGGUUCGAUCUUACUUGUCACGUUUGCGUCACUGGUUGCUGUUUAUGUUGUUGGGGGGUUCCUAUACCAGCGACUGGUGGUGGGAGCCAAAGGAAUGGAGCAGUUUCCUCACUUAGCCUUCUGGCAGGAUCUUGGCAAUCUGGUAGCAGAUGGCUGUGACUUUGUCUGCCGUUCUAAACCUCGAAAUGUGCCUGCAGCAUAUCGUGGUGUGGGGGAUGACCAGCUGGGGGAGGAGUCAGAAGAAAGGGAUGACCAUUUAUUACCAAUGUAGAUUGCACUUUAUAUGUCCAGCCUCUUCCUCAGUCCCCCAAACCAAAGCUACACAGCCAGAUUUCUCAAGCAGUCUCAACUCCAGUCUCUCAUCUCACCCUUAACUAUUGCUCUUGCUUUCCAGUUUGCUUUUGAUUUGCAUCUUCUCACUAGUAAAACUGCCUUCGCUUUGUUCCUUAUUUUCUGUUUUUUCUCUAGAGAGGUACAGUUGUAAGUCAGACUUAAUAUUAACAGGGCCUGUGGAAACAGGCUUCUGCAUUGUCUCUUGACAUCAGAAGGUACAACAGGCAUAUGGGCAAAAUGGUGUGGCAGGCUCACUGGCCCUUUGUUUUUUAAACACAUUUUCACAAGUUUUUGAGACACUGGAUUUCUUUAAUUAAAAAAAAAAAUGCCAAGAAACAUUAUUUAUACAGGUUUGAUUGCUUUCAUGUUGUUAUUCUGGACCCUAUAGUAGUCUCCAUGAGAAUCUGGUAUUUCUUGCUGCUUGGAACUACUUUGCAGUGAUUACUUGGUUGCGGUCCAAGUACUCUCGUUUAGUCUGAGCCUGGAGAUGUUCUACUCUUGCUUUUCCCACCUCUGGGAUUAGGACAGGAAAAAUGUGAAAUUUCCCUUUACAGGAUUAUACGGUACCAUCACAUCAUUUGUGGAAAUUGGGGUGACUGUAUAGCUGGGAUUGGGCCAUGGAUUGUGGUCUUAUCUGUCCACAUACAGCCAAAAUGCCUAUCCAGAAAUCCAGUCCGCUGGAAAGGAAAAUUGGAACUCCUGUGCCACAGGGGUUCCAGAAAAGGGAAGUCACUUUACCUUGCAGUGGUGGGAUCCUGCUGUCUUUCUUCCAUUUGUAGUAAAAGCUGGUAAAGCUUUUCUUACUCCUGGUUCCCUAUACCAGUAUUUCUAAACGUGUCGCACUUUCUCCACAGGCAUGUGGUUUUGACCUUUUUUUCAAUCUUCUGGAAAGGGAAUGGAAGCAGAAGUGGGACAUCGAGGGCUCUGCUGUCCUCUGCGCUGGGUGUGGAAUGCUGCUGCACCUGUCCCUUCUGCUGGCUCAGGGAAGUGUCUUCUUGCCCACAUUUCUGUGGGGAAAGGUUUUUAAUCCUCUGAUGCUUCCAUCUUCCUGUUUAGGCCAUGUGCCCAGAAACCUGGACUGAUCUUUCUUAAUAGUGAACCCCUGGGCCACUGAAGAGUAACAUGGCUCCACUGGACACAAAAGAGGAAUGGAAUCAAUAGGCAGGGGGCCUUUUAUAAGCCUUAGGAAAAGAAAAUGAAACUAUUUCAUCUUUGGACUUUUCAAUACUAUUGGAGUGAUUUUUUUCUUUCUAAACAAGGAAAAUAAUGUUACAAAAGCAUCUUUUUUGUUAUUUGUUUGCAUCCCUCCCCCCACACCCUGGUGUUUUAAAAUGAAGAAAAAAAAACAUCACUUUUUGUACAAAAACUUGUAAUGAUUAAAAAAACAAAACAUA